AUGUCUAACCCUUCCACAGCAACACUGAACAAGGAAGUUCCUAAAACUGUUAAAAAGGCAGUUUUGAUUUGUGAUUACAUGACGAAGCUAGAUAUGUCUCCCAAAGAAUUCAUGGUGACGUUCUUGUCAUCGACACACGAGGACAUAUUAUUUCGCCAACGUAUAAGCAAGGUCGGUAAGGGCGCCAGGGAAACUCGUUCUAUAUUUAAAAAUCUUGGCCGAUUAACUGUCGCAUCCAACAAGGGGCGAGAUGUAUGGGAGACACUGAUAUUAGAUGAGGCUUCACAGAUAGUGAACGCUCAGGAAAUUACACGAGGGACCUUCCCUCAAGGGGCCUUUGUCAGCUCGAAUGCCAUUACACCGGACUUUUUCAGUGAUAUUUAUGACACCCUCCGUAACGGACAAGUCAAGUCCGGCAUGAAAUUCCUACACACUCUCAUUUACCGGAAGAUUGCCCAUGCCAUGAAGAAAAAUGACGUCGUGCAGUAUGAAGAAGAUAUUGCGGUGCCAGUGGUUCAGCUUUCGAGCCAAUCAUCAGUGGAAUCUUCCCUUCCAGGCAACUCUCAUGUCGAAGGCGCGUUAGAUGAGGAGACGGUAUUGUCUAUGGAGAAUAUGGUCUUGAUUAAGUCCACUCCGGCUAGCAUAGCAGAUCAUAAGCUUCAUAAGGUACCCACCAUGGUCUGUGCCAUGAUAGCGAUGACAUGCAAUCGUCGCAGUAAUGCGAUUCCGGUGGCUAACGGUCUCAUGGCUUUAGCCAGCGGAGUAUCUUGCCGAGUUCAUGAAUGGCUCCACACACUUGGUCUGACGACCUCCAGAAAAAGUGUACUGCAAGCACUCGAACAUUUCCGUGUUUUACAAGAGAAGCGGAUGAUGGAUCUGUUCAAGAUCAAUCAUAAGCUCAUGCCGGACCUUGGACGUCCGGCUUUUAUCGAGGCCAUGGCCGCUGCCGACCGGAAGCCUGUAAACAUGGCCUUGUUUACUCCUAGCCCAGCGGAAAGUAAUCAUUGGCGCUUAACCGUUCGAGCUCAAUUGGCAAAAACACUUAGGGACUAUAUCGAGCAGAUUCCAGGUGGACGUGACUUGAAGAAACUUCCGUUGCUCGUGGUGAGGCCUCCUCCCGUCGACCCAAUAGUCUUGCAAAAGUCAGACAUACACUUCCUACGCAUGAUGGACGCACCCGACUCAUCAGCUGAGGGCGUCACACGUGUGCUAGAUCAAAUUAUGGCACAAAUCGGUAUGGACGCGGAUACUUAUUCCAAACACCUUUUAGUCGCGGGUGGCGACGUUGGGUCCAACCAACUCGUCGAGAGCCUGAGGGUCAAGCGAUUUCCACCAAUUGAUUCGGUUGAAGGUUAUGAUUGGAUACUUUCGGUCUUUGGUGGCGCCCAUACGACCUGGAACUUUACCAAGAGUCUCUGGGCCCAUCAUUGGGGUCAUCCAGAACGAGGCGAUGAUACCGGGGUUUGGCGUUCAGCUUUUUCUUUAGGUUUAGAGUACAAAAAACCUCCGGCAUCCCAAGACUUCAAUACAAUUAUGCGAUCCUGUCAGAUAGUCCACAAAGCAAACAUGGUAUUCAUUUCAAGGGACGAGGCACAGACAUCGACAGGUUAA